GUAACCACAUUAGUCUGAUAUGAUAAAUUAAAUGGCUUCAUUAAAUAACAUUGCUCUUUUAUAAUAAAUAUUUAGUCUUUGCCUAUUACAACUUCUUCUACAGAAACAAAAGAUCUUUUAAAAAUGGAGCGCGUUGGUGCCCAUUCACAUAUUAGAGGCUUAGGUCUUGAUGAUACUCUUGAACCUCGUGCUACUUCACAAGGCAUGGUUGGUCAGCUUAAAGCACGUAAAGCAGCUGGUGUCAUUUUAAAGAUGAUUAAAGCUGGUAAGAUCGCUGGUCGUGCUGUUUUAAUUGCUGGUCCUCCUUCUACUGGUAAGACUGCUAUUGCUAUGGGUAUGGCACAAGCUCUUGGUACUGAUGUACCUUUCACCAUGUUGGCUGCUUCUGAAAUUUUUUCUCUUGAAAUGAGUAAAACUGAAGCUUUAACACAAGCUUUCCGUCGUUCCAUUGGUGUUAGAAUCAAAGAGGAAACCGAACUCAUUGAAGGUGAAGUUGUUGAAAUUCAAAUUGAUAGAUCUUUGACUGGAGGUUCAAAAACCGGCAAAUUAACAUUAAAGACGACUGAUAUGGAAACUAUAUAUGAUCUUGGUAAUAAGAUGAUCGACUCACUUAACAAAGAAAAAAUUAUGGCAGGAGAUGUUAUUGCUAUUGAUAAAGCCUCUGGUCGUAUUUCAAAAUUGGGUCGUUCAUAUGCUAGAGCUAGAGAUUACGAUGCUAUGGGCUCAGAUACUAAAUUCGUUCAAUGUCCUGAAGGAGAGUUACAGAAAAGAAAAGAAGUUGUUCAUACAGUAUCCCUUCACGAAAUUGAUGUUAUUAACAGCAGAACACAAGGAUUUUUAGCUCUUUUCUCUGGUGAUACUGGUGAAAUUAAAACAGAAGUUAGAGAUCAAAUCAAUACAAAGGUUGCAGAAUGGAGAGAGGAGGGCAAAGCUGAAAUUGUUCCUGGUGUUUUAUUUAUUGAUGAAGUGCACAUGCUUGAUAUAGAAUGCUUUUCGUUCUUGAACAGAGCAUUAGAAGAUGAUAUGGCACCCGUUGUGAUUAUGGCUUCUAAUCGUGGUAUCACUCAUAUUCGUGGUACUAAAUAUAAGUCACCUCACGGUAUUCCUGUUGACUUACUUGAUCGUAUGCUUAUUAUUUCUACUUAUCCUUAUGAAGAAAAGGAAGUCAAAGAAAUUUUAAAAAUCCGAUGUCAAGAAGAAGAUGUUGAAAUGACAGAUGAUGCCAAGGACGUUUUAACACGUAUUGGAACCGAAACCUCACUUCGUUAUGCCAUUCAUCUUAUCACAGCUGCUAAUUUAGUUGCAAGGAAAAGAAAAGCACCUGCAGUCGACGUACAAGAUAUUAAGAGAGUUUAUUCUCUCUUUUUAGACGAAAAACGAUCUGUUCAAUAUUUAAAGGACUAUCAAGAUCAAUAUAUGUUUAAUGAACAUAAAGAUGCCAUGGCAGUUGAUACAAGCAUGGAAAUGUAAAAAAAGAAUAAUAAUAAAAUGAAUGUUAAAUAAAAGUGUGAUAUUAUAUAAAUAGA